UCUGAAGAAACAUCCGUUUCUUGAUGGGAAGAAAAAUCUUGUUUAGUUUUUCACUUCUGUUUUUAUGUAUGGUCUUUUCACUAACUUUGGACCAGAUCUUUGCCAGGAAGAAUGUAAGCUUUCGAACGUCUUCAAAUAAAGAAAUAAUUAUAAGGAGUGGUCAACAGAAUAAUGGAGAUAUGAAACCAAUCCAGAAUUUCACAGCAAUACCACUCACACAGGCUUUCCACUAUAAGCUGAGCAAAGAACAUUGGAAUGCAUUCAGCCAUCAUAACCCUGUUAAGUUCUCCAGGGAUGGAAUCCCCUGUAUCCUCUUCUGGACCAAAAGAAUCACAGUUAAAUUUAAGAAUCAGACCUGGCUGGACCUUACAGAUGAAACAUUAGGUCAAAAUACAACAGUGGACAUCGGCAACUCAAGUUGCAGUGAAGAAAGUGCCAUGUUGUCUUUAAAGUUUGGUGACACUGAAGAGUCCAAAGAUCUUGACAUAAGAUUCAUCCUUACCAAUUACAACAAACUGCCCAGCCAGAGUUGGUUUAGUUUGCAUCGAGUCGAGAUUGUUUUCAACAAUUCAGUGCAAACAACUUUCAAUGCAACUGAUAUAUACGCUCUGUCAAGUUAUUCCUACCACUGCCAACGCGUCAGCAGCCUGCAGCGGAACGAUGCCCUGCUGUUGCCCAGCAGCACAGGCGACGUGGCAAGCCCGUGGGAGGUCACUUUUAUUGAUUUCCAGAUUCAGAGCUUCACUAUUAAGGGGGCACAAUUUGCCCAGGCCCGAGACUGCGUGUCUUCCUUCUCGCCAGCUGUUCUGAUCGGCCUGGCCAUGUCCUUGAUCCUGUUGCUGGUGCUGGCCUACGCCCUGCACAUGCUCAUCUAUCUGCGCUAUCUGGACCGCCACUACGAGUUCAUCACUUCUCCUGUCCACUUUCCACCUCUGAAGGCGCCAGAGUCUGGGGAGGAGAAGGAGCUGCUGGAGAGCCAGGGCGCUGAGUGCUAUGAGCUGAAGAGCCAACAGAUCUGCAAAAUCUAUGUUUAGCAGCGCAGACUUCAGUCUCCUCACUAGGCCACAGCCGACCCUGAAAGGCAUUGUGCCCUCCUGUGUGGACUUGUGAAUUUCUUGAUUAAAAAGAAAAAGAAAAUACAUAAUGAGUUGGUUUUGAGCAUCCACUGACUUAGCUAGGUAGAUUUAGGGCAGUGAAAAAAUAACUCAAGGGACCCCCAUAGAGACAAACAAGACUGCUGCUCCAGAGAGACUUGCACAUGAAGGAAAGAGAGAGAGAAAGAAUAGGAGGGAGGAAGGAAGGGAGCAGAGUGAGGAAGACGGGGUGGAAGCACAAUGCAAUAAAGACAAGCAAAACACCCUUGGCCUCUGCACCUCUGCCAGUUUGGAUAUGGUAAGACUAGAAACAAUAAAGCUAACAUUAUCUGGAAGUUCAGAAUGUAAACAUUCUAUAAAUUAAUUCACAUUU